GCGACCAACAGCACACGCGUGCCACAGACUAUUUACAAUCUUAGCGGGUUGUAGCCAUCAGCGUGUGCAAAAGCUGGAUCGCUCUGCCAACAAUGAUCGCCAGCGAUGCUAUGAAGGCAUCAAACAGCCAUGGGAAUGAGCUGUCGUGUUGUGCAGGUGGCAUACUGGUGUAAUGGUUCGGGACUUUGACCUGAUGCAUUUCCUGCCAUGAUUAGUAGCGUGCGGAGCUUAUCUUCGGGUACGAUGAUUGUAGAGCACUGCUGGUAGCAAUGAAAACCCAUAUCGUCAUGGGCGUUUUUCAUUUCAACGCCUGCUCUAACCUGAUCACGAGCUCAGGUCAUGUUGCCCGCUCUAUCAGAUGCCACUUUAAUCAGCGUCUUCUUUUAGCGCGUUAGUAGGACGCCAGGCACCUGAAAUUGUAGGCAAGGUUAGUAAGUAGCUGACAAUGGGCAGCGCAGCGAUGAGGCAGCUUAAUGUUUGAUCUUGCUACAGUAAGCGGAAGCAGGCGUCAAUGUAUAAAUUGUCCAGGUGUGUAUUACUAUUCAUGAUUAAUUGAAAAGGCUUAUGUAGAUGAAGAACACUGGCAAGAACCUAAAAGACAGACACACGCAGCUCAAAUCUCUUUUAAGCCGUCAAGCUUGGAUUUACUUGUACUUUUUUGCUACCUGAACAGCUAACGCAGUCUGCGCUUAGCUCAUGCCAAUCGCGAUAUAUUUUACACAUGCAGAAAAGCACUGCGUUAUCCAAUAUCUUGACCGAUACAAAGUUCUCGUCGUUCCACUUAAAGAUUUGUACAGUGUUUCGGCGACCGCGCCCUCGAUGUUUUGACCCAUUUCGCUGGAAGCAACAGAUGUCGGACUUAGUCACCAUUCCAGCCGGAAGAUUUUUGGACUCAUCUGGAGGCGAGCAUUAGAAGGAGUAGGUGAUAUUUCCGGUCCUUGAAGCCAGUCAAACGAAUGUCUACGUCAAUGAAGCAAUUCCAUACGCCAAGUCUUGAACUCCCUAAUAUGAAUAAAGACGAGACCAACAUAGUCUAUGUUAACAUUGGCGGAUACCAUACCCCCACUGCGUGCUUUGUAAAGGCCCCGACAUCCCUUGCUUAUUGCCCGCUGUAUUUUUUUUUAUCGUCGUCCCCAAAUGGCCAGAGAAGUACUUGGAAUCUCGAAAAGGUCGUCAACAACGCUGCAGAGAUGGAUAGUAUAGCAACACACGAGGUUAAAAGUGAUAAGAUUAUCGCCUUCCUGAUAUUCCAGCCUUUUCUGUGUCCCCGGCUUAUCUAUAAAAAAAUAAAUACAUUUUUCAUUGUGGCGUGUGAAGCUGUCGAGAGGAACGUAGUAGGCUAUUUGGACAACGAUUUUGAUAAAGAAUUUGAAAACGAGUCGGCCUUUAAAGGGGGCGAGCAUGGUCAAGUAUUAUAGGUCCAGGUUCAUUAGAUGCUGGAUAACUGUUCUUGGACCAGGACGUACAUAACUUGGUUUUUUUACUUAUAUAACCACAUAAACUACUGAAGUGAGCACGCUUAAAAUCAAGCGGGACUGUGACAGCCUUGUUUAAUGUCUCGCAACGUAGAUAUUGAAAUUUCUCUCUUGUUUUUUGCCGUAAUCCUCUUUGAAAAUAUAUGAUUCGAUCGAUCUCCGUAUUUACGAAAUGAGUUGACGUCGACGAUAAUGCAAGUCCGCUGGUACAAACUUUUUGUCCAAAGCAACAAAAAUGCUUCCACCGUAUUGAUUUCAGAUUGGUGAAGUACAAAACACUGUGCUACAGCUCCACGCAAAGUACUAUCAAGCACUGCAAUCAUUCGUUUCGAUAAAGGUUCCUCAUCCCAUUUCGUUCUUUGCGCCGAGAAAGAUUUGUCUACGUUUGUCCAAUUAAAACAAACAGACACUCCAAUAAUCCCACGAUAAGUUGGUAUUUUCAAU